GCACAUAUACACACACACAGAUGAGAGAAACAGACGGAGAGAGCGCGCGAGAGAGAGGAUCCAGUACAUUCGUUGCACCUCCUAAUCAGUUUUCCAAGGCGAUCUAUCAGGGACUGCUGCAUUUAAAGGGACUGAACCAGGGAAACGAAAUGGACACUCCUCUCGCCACCCCGUGCAACAUCCAAAUAUGUGAGGUGACGUGCGAUUCGUUCCGCAUCGUGUGGGACAUGACUCCCGAGGACACGGCCAGAGCCACACACUUCUUCAUUGACCUGAGUCGCAAGGAAUGCAGAGAUCCCAACCGCUUUAAACACAGGGAUGUACCAACCAAACUGGUGGCAAAGGCUGUGCCCCUGCCCAUGGCUGUUCGAGGACACUGGUUCCUCAGCCCCUGCACGGAGUAUUGUGUGGCCGUGCAAACUGCAGUCCGACAGCUGGAUGGCGAAUACCUCGUGUCAGAGUGGAGCCAAGUGGUGGAGUUCUGCACGGGAGACUACGCCAUAGAACACCUUCAGCAGCUUCUCGACAAGGCCAAAGGCUCUGCAGGAAGGCUUCUGAAAUUUUCUACGUUUUAUCGCAAUCAGCAUCCAAAUUACUUUGAAUGCGUCAGAAAGGAGUGUGCCGGUGUGAUGCGUCCUGCCCUUAAAGACACGAGUGGGAGUCAUGGUUCUCCUAUAAAUGGCAAACUGCUGGGAGUCUUCUUUAGCUGCAACACUGAGUUCGAUACAGGACUCCCCCCAAAAGACUCUCCAUACGGACCCCUCCGCUUCCAGAUCCCGGCUGGACACCUGCUCAACCCCAACAUCUCCCUGUACUUUGCUGACUUUUAUUGCAUGUACACAGCCUACCACUAUGUGGUUCUGGUGCUGGCCCCCAUAGGCACAGAGGGAGACCACUUCUGCAGAACCCGCCUCCCCAUGUUAGACUUGGCGAACAACCCUUUCUUGACAUACACCGCUCCCCAGAGACCGGGAGAGGAGCCGCUGUACUGCCAUGCCAGCGACGUCAUCCUCGAGGUGCUUUUCACAGAGCCGGUCAGUUUGGAUCAGGGAACCGUGGAGCAAAUCAGUGGACACCACCAGCUCAUGAGUUUGACCACAGCCAAUGCCAAGAAAGACCCGAGCUGCAAAGUGUGUAACAUCAGUGUGGGCCGCUGAGGCAGCUGAUAAGCUCAUGUCCGAGGCUAAAAGACACGCAGCUCAGCGUGUCGGCCAAAACUCAAAGGAAAACACUUGACGGGAGUGUGCAUGCUGCUUUCGCUUCUCCCUCCCUCCCUGGCUAGAGUAGAAAUAUAACCACAGAUGUCUAUUAUGGGCAGUCGAAAAUUUAUUUAUAUUCACAGCUGUGGAAAAGACUACAUAUCCCUGGUUUCUUGAUAGUAUUUUGUAUGUUUUAGUUAGUGGUGUACUGUCAUGGUAAAAAUGGUGCAGACAUUUCAGGUGCUUACUUAGAAUUUCAAUUCAAAAUUAUAAAAUACAGCAUUAAAAUAUAAAUAGUACAUGAGCUCAAUGGACUACUGGUUAUAACAUUUUGGGGUUUCAUUUUUGGCCUUCCGUUGUGGAGUUAUAGCAUGUUUCCCGCUUAUGUGUUUAAUCCAGUUUCCUCCUGGACUCCCAAAAUAUGCAUGUCAGGACAACUGAAGGCUGUAAUUUGACCAGAGGUACAAAUGUGAUGAACAAUUGUUCAUCAACAGCAGGAGUGGGUAAACUAUUCCACAAAGGGCUACAGUGGGUGCGGGUUUUUGUUGCAGCACAUCAUGAGGACACCUUUUCACCAAUCUGAUGUCUUACAAGUGCAAUCAGUUGAUUGCAGUGAAGUGUUUCUUGUUUCCCUAGACCCCUCAUUGGUUAAACCGCCUGUGCUGGAUCAGUUGUAACAAAGACCAGGGCCUACAGCAGCCCUUGAGGACCAGUUUGCGGUUUGCCCGCUCCUGAUCUACAGCAUAUUUCCAGUUAGCUCGAAUUGGCUUUAGCUAAUGUGUCUCAAAUUACAACUACUACUACAUAAAAUGAGUAGGUAGAAUUCAUAGUGGCACUCGUCAUUUUGAGUAGCAACAGGCACCUUGACAAUGUUGGCUGUCCCAUUUGACCUUUCCCUAUAAUUUAACUCUCAUGUACUCAUGUUGCCACCCUCCAGCCAAGGUCCUGGCAAAAGCCAGCUAUGUGAGCUACAAUGUUGGGCUUCAUUUGUUGGCCUCGUGACCUGUCACAUAGACUAGUAAGAAAAUGUUUUGGUACUGAAGUAAGGUGGCCCUAUUAAGAAAUACUGCACUGGUGGAAGACACUAAUUAAAAAAAAAAAAAAAAAAAAA